CCUUAACUUCUAUGUGCCUGCAACAAGCGACUGAAAUACCUAAAAUACAUUCUGUGCUGAGUGCUUUUAAGUUUUAACGCCAUCAGUGGAUCACCAACUCGUCGUUGUCGUAUAUUGAUUGACAACAGUCUUGGUCGAAAGUUUAUGUGGAUCAUUAUCUGCUGUCUUUAUUUGAAAAAUCAAUUGUUACCAAUAUUUCAAACAAUGAGUUCGUCAUCAUUGGAUUUAUUUUGUCCAAAACAUUCAGACUCUGAAGCACCGAUAUCAGUUAUUACAAAGAUCUUAUCACAAAAAGACACUUUAAAAUUUACACAUAUCUCCAAUGAAUUUGACAAAUUAGGGUUUACCAAAGUGAAGGAUUUGGCUGGAGCAACCCUUGGCAAAGCAAGCUCGAUUCAAAUGUCAGGAGAUACUCUAACGCAGCUUUAUCAAGCUAUGGAGAUAUAUAGUGAACGCCUAGAUAAGCUUCUAAACUCUGCAAAAGCAGAACAUCAAAAUGGACAUUUCAUAGCGACGCAAAAAAUGUGCAAAGGUUUACUUACACAUAAACCGAAAGACUUAAAUGUUUUAUUGCUUAAUGCAAAAUCAUUUUUUAACUGCGGAAAUUAUGAAGAAUGCAUGGAAUGUUUAGAAAAAGCAAAUAAUAUUAAUCCCGAAUGUCCCGAAGUUUUAAGUAACUUUGCAUUAGUUUGCAUGAAAAAAUCGGAAAAUAAUCUAGCAAAAGAUUACCUAUUUCAAGUAUGUGCAAUAAAGCCUUAUUGUGCGGAUGCAUGGACCAAUUAUGCAGAUUUUCUAUUUGAGACUAAUGAGUUAGAACCAGCAAAACUGGCUUAUGAACGUGCAUUAAGUCUAGUACCCGAAUUAUAUAAAGCACGUAAUAAGUACGGAAAACUACUAUUAAAAGUAAACAAAAUAAAAGAGGCUAAAAAGGAGUUUAAGAUUGCCCACAACAGUGCAACAAAUUGUGCAGAAACAUUAAACAAUUUAGCAGAUGUAUAUUAUAAGAGCGGUAAAUUUGGAAAAUCUAUUUUGAAAUAUAAACAACUCUUAGAAACAAACCCCGAUCGGACGAAUGCUUGUUUUCAGUUGGGAAUGACCUACACCAAAAUUAAAGACUACCAAAAUGCAGCUCUCGCAUUCAAAAAAGCAAUUCAACUAGAUCCCAAAAAUGAGUGUUAUUUACAAAAGUUGGCAAUUACAUACUGCUAUGAAGACAAAAUGGAUGAAGCUGCUGAAACAUUCAAAAAGUGUUUGCAACUCAAGCCCGACGAUUUUAACUUAAAUUUGGAACUCGCUUUAGUCUAUUUGUAUAAUAUUCAAAAUUAUAAUGAGGCCGCACUAUAUCUUGAAAAAUGUAGCCAUAUAAAUCCUGAUAGAAUUGACGUAUAUGAAAAACUCUUUGAUGCAUACAGGAAAACUAAAGAUCAUUUAAAUGCAUCCGAUGCUUGCAUGUCCAUGGGGGAUUUGUAUAUGGAGAAGGAUGAUUAUCAAAAUGCAAGAAACUCAUUCUGUUGUGCGGUACUUAUGAACCCGAUGAAUGCAUUUGGUCAUUGGAAAAUGGGCCUGACAUUGUAUCAACUGGGACAUGAUGAUUUGGCUCUUCAAAAAUACAAACAUGCAAUAGCAAUAAGGCCGGACUUUCCCGAUGCCUAUUGCGAUAUGGGGGUAAUAUAUGAUAAACGUGGCCUUCUCGAACAAGCCAAAGUAUAUUAUGAAAUGGCAAUCAAGUUAAGUCCAAACGACCAUUUUAACGCUCGGUUGAAUUUGGCCGAUAUAUCAAUGAAAAAAAUGGAUCUUAAUGAUGCUAUUACAGACAAUGAAAAGCAAUAGAAUAUGACAAUACAUCUGUCAAGUAGAUGUAAUUUGAUAUUCUACAUCUUCAAAACGACAAUACUCCAUCCUGGUUGAAUUACUUUGACACCAUAAAGAUUAGUCUCAACCCAGAUGUUUUUUGUAGUAUUAAUUCACAACAAGAUAACUAAAAUCGUAAUUCUUGGUUUUAAUUUGUAAUUCUUUCCAAGCUUGAACUUAC